AUUAAUCUUACAUACAUAUGUAUAAUAAUUGUAUUCAAAGCCGAAACUACAGUCGCGAUCGCGGACAAAUCCAAUUCGCUUUUCUGCUGAACGAAAGAUUUCUUUUUUCUUGACUGCAUAAACAUUUGCGACGGCUGACGAAUAUACGAUGCGACUCAAGCUAUUUUUGGUGUUUGCCAUCCUAUUGAUCCCACCCGCCCACAGCGCGAUUCACAGAGCCGUGGAUAUAAUAGAGAUGAUCAGAGAUGUGACCAACGCAAUAUUAAAGGUCUGUGAUGUGGUAGAGUCUCUAGAAGAUAAGGUCACCGGCACCCAUGACAAGCAGCGCCAACUGAUGAACCGCAUCGAGGCGGUGGAUGACCACAUCCGUAAUUUGGAGCAAAUGGAAUCUCUUCGCACUGCCCUGACCAUCGAAACCUUGAUCCACCUUGAGCUCCACCAGCAAUCCCAGCUACAGCACAAGCUGAAUCUGGUCAAAGACCUCACCACAAUCGUAAAAACGCGGUACGCACAGUUUGGCGACUAUGUCCAGCAUAAGGAUGCUCUGGAGGCGGCCACGCUUCUCAAAUUUGCCGAGUGGAACGUGGACCCAGGCUCCACUUCGUUGGCUAUGCAGCUGGAGCUGCUACAUUCGGUUCUAUUUGAGGAUGAGGGACAGGCGGACAACAAGACCGACUUUGUCAACACGCUGCUGUCUCAACUGACGCUUACCUACGAGGAGUCACCGGGACAGAUGUGCAUGGCCAAACACUCCGCCCAGCAGUUUCCAUUUCAGCUCUACACAAGUGUAGCCCUCACCGAGCUCAAGGCCUACAGUAUGAUGGAGUUUUCCUGGAUGAUCCAGCGGGAGCUCGGGAAGGGCAACUUCACCCAGGAGAUAGCUUUGAUGCGCAAUAACUACGCCCGGCGUAUGGAAUCCUCCGUGAAGGUUCUUAGUCAGGUGAUGGCUCGCAGCGGGCGUGUCUACAGGCGCUGUGAUCCCGGAAAGGAUAAGCACGUGUCCGGGGAGACCUACGAUCGAGUUACGCGUAUCCUGCAGGGCUACGUGGAGAACGAGGCCAACUUGGGCGAGAACCAGGGAUGCUGGGGUACCUGUGGCGACUAUCCGGACACUCGCUCCAAUGGCUGCUACAAGGGAGACAAAGAGUUUUGCAGCAAGCAGACGCCUUGCAACGGAAGACUCUAUAACUGCGGCGACAUGGACUCGGAUGUGGAGAUCUGCCCGUCCGAGGGGAACUCUUCUAUGAAUACAUUCAAUCUGAUGAUGGGGCGACUCUCGGCAGGAAGAGCUCCAACGGCAGAUGCGAGUCGGCCACUAAAACGGCCUCAUCAUUCUGGCACUAUAUUCUCUGGCGCUGCUCCUACUGCUUCUGCCUGUGCGACGAGCAGGGACCUCUCUCUGAUCGCUACUUCAACCUGCGUGACUCGCUGUCGGACUUCAUGGAGAACAAGGUGGUAACAGGUGUGCGCUUCGUGAAGAGUAAUCGCGUCGUUCACUUGCAGCUGCAGCAGGGCGAGCUCUUGCCUCGUGGAGCAAUCAAUGUGUCCUCUCUA